AUGGACAUUAUCUCCUCAUCGGGGUUCGAUUUCUCGAGCCUAUUCAAGGACGACAGCGGAGUGCAGCGGUCCAGUGGAGCACCAGCACUACACAGCGCGGUUCAUGGCGGCGGCAGUGGUGGAUGGGGCCUGGGACAGUGGCGGCGCUGGAGAGCUUCAGGCUGGGGCGGAACGGUGGCCCUUGAAGCUACGUGCGAUGAUGUAUCGCUUUGCUGGGGCCACGUGCGCCGCGAGCUGCCGCACGGUCUGCGCCUGCUCCUGGGGCGGUCGGCGCAGACCGGCAGAUGCCGCGUUCGCCUCGAGCGCUGUGACCUGCCGCGCGGCCCGCCCCUGCUUUUGGGCGGCGGCCGUCAAGGCGUUCGGCGCCCUGCUUCUACACCGGCCCAACCAGCCCAAUCUUCUUUACGGCCCAAGCAUAUCACUGCUUCUACCCCGGCCCAAUCACGCCCUCAGCACGCUCCUUUCCUCCUCCACCACCCUCGCCGGCCGCCGCCUCCCUCACCGCACCGGCCGCCGCAGCGCGCCAUAUUCUGCCCUCCUGUUCCGCCGCUCCAAACCCCGCGGGGGAGAGGAAGCGGCCCCAAGGAAGAUGGGGUGGAAGGCUGCGGAGAAGCUCAUCAGGCAUUGGAAGAUCCUCCGCGCCGCGGUGACAACGUGAUGAUCAUCAGAGGCAAGGACAAGGGGGAGACAGGGCUCAUCAAGCGGGUCAUUCGGUCGCAGAAUCGCGUCAUCGUCGAGGGCAAGAACUUGGUUAAGAAACACAUUAAGCAAGGUGAAGGGCACACAGGUGGUAUUUUCUCCAUUGAAGCUCCACUUCAUGUUUCGAAUGUCCAAGUUGUUGAUCCUGUCACUGGCUGGCCCAAAGGAUACACCAAUUGAGCUCGUGCUGGAGAAGACAUUCGAUGAGAAAGCUGGAAUUGGUAUGCCUGAUCUAUAACUGCUGCCUGCUGGCCUGACGCGAUGUUUGUGCUGAGAGUUCAUAUGCGACCAGGUCCUAUUAAAGUUAUUAGGAUACUGAUGAUCUUUGCAGUUGUAAUGUGCUAGCCUCAUAAUAAUCACGUACUAACGAUCAAAAGAGACAUUGCUGGCAUGUAUGUUGCCUUUUUUGUCGAGUGUUCGGUUCUGAAAUGCAUUAUUGGAUGAGAAACGGCAACAUCUGUAUCUUCUUAA